GAUUAUUUGUAGCUUGUUAAACGUUUACGUUGCCCGCACAAGGUAACUAACUCAUUACGUUAUCAGUAAAAGUUUGAAUUCCGAGGAUAUACCUAGCGAGAAAAUCAUAAAACCAGUUGAGUGUAUCGCGUGUACGCGACAACAUACACACAAACAACAUCAUAUACAUUUCGUUUCAGUACUUUUGAUACAACAAAAUGUACGCUCGUCUGAGUUUAAUUUAAACGCGAUUUUCUCACGAUACUCAUUUUCAAAUGUAACAUAUAUAUGUUAAUAGAUCUUUGUUGGAUUCGUUCUUGAGAUAAUAAUGCGAAAACUGAUGUUGUUUAGUGGAAAGUGUUUGUGUAAAUAUAUGUUCGGAAAUAAAUAGAAAAUAAUAAUAAAUUUUAUAGAAAAUGCGUGGAAAGUGGAACAAUAAUGAACAAGUUGGUAAUGGUAAUUCUACAAUACCUAGAACGGGUAUCGAUUUCGAAAACAUUAAAUUCAAACACAUCCGCCAUUCGCCAUCGUUGCGAGCCAUUAAAACAUACAACGAUUUACCUGUAGAAGGAAAUUUUCAAAAUGAUAUCGAUUUACGAUUAUACACACCUCCAAAAUACGAUACGUCCAGUAUGUCACGGAUGUCAGUCGGUAGUAGAGGCUCAACGGAACCUAAUAAUAUAUAUGAGGUCGUUAAGGGGAGCGGAACCAUGUCUGUUGCAUCGGGAUCUGAAUACACUUCGGAAAUCAACGAGAUGGGAUCUACGUCCAGAUUAGUUCCAACUAAAAUUGAGCAGUCAUGCCAGACAAUAUUAAAUUACAUAUCCACGACAUUGUGCACCAUAUCCAUGGCAUUAGGAUUAGGAAAUUUAUACAGGUUACCACAAACGACAAUGAUACGGGGUGGUUUACCGUUUCUAAUAGCUCAUCUUAUAUUAACGAUUUUUAUUGGAUUGCCACUGAUUUUUUUAGAAUUGGGAAUGGGACAAUUGGCAGAAGAAGGAUUUAUAAAAUCCUGGAGGGUCAUACCAUUUUUUAGGGGAAUUGGUUACGUGAAAUUUCUAGCAGGAUAUAUGUUAAGUAUUUAUUAUCCGCUGUAUAUGGGUUUGUCUCUUUAUUACGUAAUAUGGAUAUGGAAAGGAUCAAUUCCACUACAAGAAUGUUCUAGUGGCGUUAAAAUAACAGAGGAUGGAUACUCAUUUUAUGGAAAAAAUGGACAACAAUGUUUGAGGUCCACUUUUUUGAAAUCCAUAUUUGAAGACCCUUAUUGGUUUGGAAUAUUUGCAAUGAUAUUAUUUGUAAUUUGGAUAAUAUCAACCAUUCUAACAAUUGGUAAAACGAAAGGAUACAUAAGAUCGCUGAUAAUGCUAUUUUUUCCAACGGUAGGAUGUCUUAUUGCAUUACUCGCAAAUUCUGUGAUGAAUCAAACUGAAUUGGCGAAUUUUUUCAUCGAUGCCGACUGGAGUUUACUGGAAAGUCCUAAUGUUUGGUAUUAUGCUAUUGUACAAGUAUUUUUUUCAUCUACAGUUGGAUUUGGAUCGUUCGUUACAAAUGCUGGCAUUAUUUAUAAUAAAGUAAAUCCAUUUUGGACUGCCUUUGGAUAUUGCGCAAUAAAUACAAUAUUCGGAAUCGGCUCUACUGUCAUAUCUCAAUCUCUAUCCAAUCACACCAGGGUGAAUGUGACACCAACUGAAGGUGAUGUGGCUGAAAUUUUGUUGGUUUCUCUUAUAUACGAUAUGGGAAGUGCAAGCACUGCAAGUGACAAAAAAAUCUGGACAAUUCUCAUAUUUGUGUUAUUUAUAUUGGCCGGACUUAUUAGUAUGGCUACUCUAUCUUACACGUUAUUAAAAGCUAUAACUGUUGGAAGUAGGGCAAGAUUAGGUUGGUGGCAAGCCAGUUUACUUCUUAGCAUUUCAGGAUUUAUUUUUGGUUGCCUGAUACUUCUGAAAACGGAAUUUGAUAUUGUACAUUUACUGGAUCAUUACAUUGUUGGAAACCUUAUUCUCAUCACAUCUAUUUUAGAAGUACUCACAUUAUUAACAUUUUACGGGGCGGAGCGAAUAAGAUCGGACUUUGAAUUUAUGCUCGGCCACAUACUAUCCCGUUUUUGGUUAAUCUUAUGGUGGAUAAGCCCCAUGGUGAUGACAGGUUUAUUUGCAUGGGGCAUGACUACGUUACCUCUUGAAGGUAUUUUUAAAGAUGAUGCUGUAUGGGUUUAUGGAAUUGGAUGGGGAGUGGUAUUAACAGCUACACUAUUAAUAUUUGUGAUUGGAAUCUACGUAGUAUGUAAACAAGAUGGAUACACAUUUAUAGAGAGAUUUAAAACUUCUUUGAAACCGUCCAAGAAUUGGGGACCGAAAGAUCCAAUAUCGAGACAUAAUUGGAUCCAGUGGAAUAGUAAAACUCAGUCCGGAGAAAGAGAUUUUACUUUGAAAAGAAAAGGUACAAAGGACUAUACGAAAUCGAUUAAAAGAAAUAAAAAGUUGAUGAUUGCUGAUAAAAUAAAUGAAAAAGGAUUGUACACAGAAAAUAAACAACAACAAAUUAUCGGGAAAAAUAACAUAUACGCAGAAUUGAAUCAAGCUAGAAACGGCAAACCAAUAGAAAAUAGAAAUGGACAAUUCAAAGUGAUUUCCCUUACAGAUUCUCUAGAUUCCUCUGCAACAUAUUAUACAGAUAAAAGGAUACCUAGGAAUCCUCUGGCAAGGAGAGAAUUUACAAUAAAUGGUGCCCAACCAGAUGAAUAUGGAACCUUUAGAAAAGGUCCUUAUAUUAUACAAAAUAAUGUAGGUGUUGAUCAUGUUUGUCUUAGAAAAUUGAGUGAUAAUGAAGAUGCCACAGAUUUAUAGAUAUAUUUAACUUGUAUAUUAAAUUUUUCUAUUUU